UCACAGUCUUUGUCAUACACUUGUCUUUACAUGACUGUGUUGCACCCUGUCACUAUUUGUUAUUGCGUUCCUGUCUGUAAUUUUCCUUAUAAACAAUCAAACUGUUGCCCGUAUUUGAAGACAUGGCUUCGUUCUUUGCCGUCGGCGGGAACCCGUUUUCGACGCCUGUCGGACAAAAGAUCGAACAAGCCACAGACCCAAGUCUUGCUUCCGAAAACUGGAGCCUGAACAUGGAAAUAUGCGAUCUCAUCAAUGACACCGAAGAUGGGCCAAAAGACGCCAUCAAAGCCAUAAGAAAACGACUGCAGACGUCCGUCGGGAAAAAUUAUACAACGGUGAUGUUCACGUUGACAGUUUUAGAAACUUGCGUUAAAAAUUGUGGUAGAAGAUUCCAUGUCCUCGUCUGCAACAAGGAAUUUGUUGGGGAAUUAGUCAAACUUAUAGGCCCUAAAAAUGGACCUCCGAUGGCUGUACAGGAAAAGGUCUUGAGUUUGAUCCAGGCUUGGGUCGAUGCUUUCCACCAACAGCAAGAUUUAAACGGAGUCGUCCAAGUGUAUCAGGAAUUAAAGGCGAAAGGGAUCGAGUUCCCAAUGACUGACUUAGAUUCCAUGGCGCCGAUCCACACACCGAAAAAAUCAGUUAAAACCGAGACUGUAGUGAGCGAAAGCCCGUCAAAAGGGCCCGGUUCAUCGAUGGGCGAAAUCACAUCGCCGCUGUCACAAGAACAGCUUACAAAGCUAAGAGAAGACGUCGACAUCCUUCAAACAAAUAUGACAAUUUUCGGCGAUAUGCUAAGUGAAAUGUCGCCUGGUAAUGAACAUCCUUCAGACAUUGAAUUAUUUCAUGAACUCCAUUUAACCCUCGUGGAAAUGCAAAAACGGCUUGUCGAGCUGAUAUCCAAACUGACUUUUGAUGAAAUAACCGAGGACUUAUUAAGGAUAAAUGACCAUCUAAUUAACUUGUUUUUAAGGUAUUCAAGAUAUGAAAAGAAUAGAGAAGUAGCUAAAGACGGGGCGAAUAACAGCGGCCCUAGCAAUGAUGACUCACUCAUAGAUUUGGGCAACGAAGCGGCCGGAGGUGUAGCAAAUCCGGCUCACCUGACGAAACAAAUGGAAGGCUUAAGCAUCGGAAACAGAUUGCCAAAUACAAACAACGACCACAAGGUAAAGGCCAAAGUGAACGAUGUCGACGAUACGGAUUUUGACAUGUUUGCACAGUCGAGGAAAGUUUCUUACGAAUCAUCAAAAACGAGCGGGAGUUCUUAUGAAUCCAAUACGAAGAACAUCGUUAGUAAUAAUCUCAGCCAGGCAUCGGAAGCGCGAGCUCAAGGCACUACAGAAACGAUACUGAUGAUGCAUAAAGAAAGCGAUUUUGAUGAAAUGGCAGCCUGGCUGGCACAAGGCGGAAAUGAUCAGAUCAGCGGCCAAGAAUCAUUGACGAGCUCAGAGUUCGAUAGGUUUCUCGCGGAAAGGGCGGCCGCAGCUGAAGGAAUCCCUUCUGUCGAUCAUAACCAGUCAACGAACCAUCAACAAAAAAGGAUGGAAAACUAACAGUUUAUGUGUAGCAACUCAUCAGGGCUUGGACACAGCCGAAGAUUCUUUGGAACAUCAAUGAUUUUCUUUAUUGUUAUGUUUUAAAAUGUGAUACGGAUUGUUUUGAAUUGAUAAAAGAAAAUAAUGGGCUUAUAAAUUAUUAUCGAAAAUUUAUUUAUUUUGUUUUUCUCCGAGAAAUGUUAACUUGUUAUACAUCGGGCCCCCGACUUCUUUCAUUCUGAACAUGUCCGACAUUCCUUUUUUUUUCUUUUUAUACUGUUUCUUCAACCCUUUCCUUUCUUAAAAUGCUUGUUAGACUCAUAUUUAAAAAAUUAUGUUAUAUGACCAAAGCUUUAUAUGGUGAAAUUAUUAAAUAUGUACAUGAAAUUCACCA